AUGGAAACCGCCCCUGUCGUCUUGGGGGUGAUUAUACGAGAUGUAGAUGGGUUAAUUUUGGGUGCUUCUCGAAGGAAAGUUGAGAGAAUCGCCUCGAGUUUUGCUGCAGAAGCGGUGGCUGCUCUCCAUGCGGUUCGAUUGUCUCUUGAUUUGGGUUUUACCCAAGUCAUUGUAGAGGGAGACUGUCGCUCUGUGAUACAAAGCUUGGUGUCGUCGAUGGCGGACUGGUCGGAAAUUGGCAUAUGGGUUCAUGAGGGGAGGAAACUAGCAGCGUCCCUUCGUGUAUGCCAGUUUCAACAUGUUCCUCGCACCGGAAAUAAGGCGGCAUACCUCUUAGCCUCCUUUAAUAGUACUAGUACAGAGGACCAGUUCUGGGUAGAAGAAGCCCCACACCGCGUGCUGGUUCAGGUGGAUGAAGAUCGCCGUUUGAUCGACCCUUAG